CAUCGAUGCUCGAAAGAAUAAUUUUCUCGAAUGUCGCAUAUUAAUUGGCGAUGAAUAUAAACGGAAAUGGCAGCUGUAUUAACAAGCUUAAUCGACACUACUUCCGUUCUUGGACUCAGUUUGAUUCCAUUUUUGGCCAUCGGUCUCACCAUUUAUAGAUACAAUAACCUCGAUCCAGAAUCACAUCCGCAAAAUGUGCGAGAGCUGCUACGAAUGUACGACUUCAUAGUGAUUGGAGGUGGCAGCGCGGGUGCCGUGGUGGCCUCGAGAUUAUCGGAAGUACCCAAUUGGACGGUGCUACUUUUGGAAGCUGGCGGUGAUGAGAACGAAAUUUCGGAUGUUCCCCUACUUGCCAGCUACAAUCAGCUGACAGAAUUCGAUUGGAAGUAUCAGACUUCACCACCCAGUACAUCCGCCUAUUGUCUCGCCAUGAUAGGCGAUAAAUGUAAAUGGCCUCGCGGCAAAGUUCUGGGAGGAAGUAGUGUUCUCAACGCCAUGAUUUAUGUACGUGAGAUUGCUUGUAGGCACGAUUACGAUAAUUGGGCUCUAUUAGGUAAUACGGGAUGGAGCUAUGAGGAAGUACUCCCUUAUUUCCUCAAGUCUGAGGACAAUCGUAAUCCGUAUUUAGCAAGAACACCUUACCACAAGACAGGAGGUUACCUGACAGUACAAGAGCCAUCUUGGAGAACUCCUCUGGCGAUUGCUUUUUUGCAGGCUGGUCAAGAAAUGGGCUAUGAAAAUCGCGACAUAAACGGAUUCAAUCAAAGUGGCUUUAUGUUGACGCAAGCAACGAUUCGACGUGGCAGUCGAUGCUCGACAGCGAAGGCCUUCCUACGACCGAUAAAGAAUAGACCAAACCUGCACAUAGCAAUGCACGCUCAGGUUCUAAGGGUGCUUUUCAACGCCGAAAAAAGAGCAACGGGUGUAGAAUUUCUUCGCGACGACAAACAACGAAUUGUGAGAUGCAGAAGAGAGGUUGUCUUGUCUGCCGGUGCGAUUAAUUCACCUCAAUUACUCAUGUUGUCCGGAAUCGGUCCCAGCGAGCACUUGACCGAGUUUGGUAUACCUGUAAUAUCCGACUUACGAGUCGGGGAUAAUCUUCAGGAUCACGUGGGUCUUGGUGGAUUGACUUUCUUGGUGAACGAGUCGAUUACUUUAAUAAGAGAACGAUUUCAAAUCUUCUCGGUGAUGUUUGAAUACAUUGUAAAGGAACAAGGACCCCUGACUACUCCAGGAGUCGAGGCAUUAGCCUUUCUUAAUACUAAAUACGCUGACGAGUCCGGCGAUUAUCCGGAUAUACAGUUUCACUUUGCGCCAAGUUCCAUCAACUCCGACGGCGAACAAAUAAAAAAGAUUCUCGGUCUGAGAGAUCGUGUGUACAACGUUAUGUACAAGCCCUUGCACAAUGUCGAGACUUGGUCAAUUCUACCGCUUCUACUGCGACCAAAGAGCACGGGUUGGAUCAGGUUGAAGAGCAAAAACCCCUUGGUUCAACCAGACAUUAAUCCCAACUACUUUACUCAUAAGGAGGACAUGGAUGUUCUCGUGGAAGGGAUCAGGCUGGCGAUGCGGGUGUCCAACACUAGCGCGUUUCAGCGAUUCGGCUCGAGACCUCACACGAUUCGUAUGCCGGGCUGUCACAAAUAUCCGUUCGAUACAUACGAAUAUUGGGAGUGCGCCAUACGACACUUCACCUUCACAAUUUACCAUCCGACAAGUACCUGCAAGAUGGGGCCGCGGAGCGAUUCCACAGCUGUCGUGGAUCCGCGAUUAAAAGUUUACGGAGUCAAGGGACUCAGAAUCGCUGAUGCUUCCGUAAUGCCAACCAUUGUCAGCGGCAAUCCGAACGGGCCGACUAUCAUGAUUGGUGAGAAAGCCAGUGACAUUAUCAAGGAGGAUUGGCGAGUGAAGGGAAAGGGAAGUACCAGACAGAGACGAUGAAGGAAAUUGGGAUUUUGAAAUUAUACGUUGUAUAUCUCGUCGUAUCCAGAUAUCGCUGCGCUUGGCUUAGCGCCGAGACUAUCAUGUCUCCAGAUAACUAAAAUGCCAAUUAUAUCGUACAAAAAUUACUACUAAG